GGCGGGCGCCGGACCCCCAGGCGGAGCGACAGGUCUCGGGCCCUUAGGCGGAACGACAGGUCUCAGGCCCCCAGGUGGGGGGGGGGGCGGCGGGCACCGAGUCACCAGGCACAACCGUGGGCUCCGAGUCAACUGGGAUGACCGCUGGCACUGGGUCAGACAUUGGAUCGUCUGGCUGGACAGCGGGCAUCGGCGGGCACCGCGUCAUCUGGCAAGGCAGUGGGCUCCGAGUCAACUGGUAUGACCGCGGGCACUGGGUCAGACAUUGGAUCGUCUGGCUGGACAGAGGGCACUGGGUCACCAGGCAUCAGGUCAUUUGGCUCGACAGCGGGCACCCGCGUCAUCUGGCAAGGCAGUGGGCUCCGAGUCAACAGGCACGACAGUGAGCACCGGGUCAUCAGGUACCGGAUUGUCUGGCUCGACAGCGGGCAUCGGGUCACCAGGCAUCAGGUCAUUUGGCUCGACAGCGGGCACCGGAUCAGGUACCGGAUCAACAGCGGGCAUCGAGUCAACUGGCCUAAUAGGAUCGUCAGGCUGGAUCAGUUCAUCAUGCUGGGUAGAGGCAUCAGGCUGAAUGCCGGCGUCCGGCUGAGUAGAGGCUUCAGGCCGAGUAGAGGCUUCAGGCCGAGUAGAGGCUUCAGGCCGAGUAGAGGCAUC